AUGGCGUCCCAAGUUUUAGACUCCACUGCAUUCCCCAUCAUCGACUCACAUAUCCAUCUAUAUGCCAAAACCCAUAUUCCCACCCUGAGUUGGACGGCUGAACUACCGGAAGACCACCCCUUGAACAGGCAAAGAAGCGUCCAGGACUACAAGCUUGUGUCUGGAAAGUCACAGAAUCUUCUCGGUUUUGUAUUUCUGGAAACCGAUCGCAAGUCUGGUCUCGGUAGCACUGAUUGGGAGGAUGCUUUCAAGGAAGUGGAUUUCUUGGUAAGGAUUGCAACUGGUCGACCAGUAGAAGGUGAGGGCCAUGCAGCAGAGGACGGAAGACUAGUCCUAGGAGUAGUACCAUGGGCACCAGUGCCAGCAGGGGUCAGCCUUUUGGCAGAAUAUGUCGAGAAAGUACAAAGCAAGUUUCUGGAUGGAGGGGUUCCAAAUCUACUAAAAGGGUUCCGCUACCUGGUUCAAUCUCGACCGGCUGGUACGAUGAUGGAAGACGGCUUCAUCGACGGCCUGAAGUGGCUGGGGGAGAAGGGAUUGUCCUUUGAUCUCGGAGUUGAUGCUCGCUCAGGAGGCUUACACCAACUAGAAGAGGCUUGCGACAUGAUGCGACAAGUUUACGAGUCCGGAAGCAAUCUCAAAAUCAUCAUCAAUCAUUUCUGUAAGCCUGAUCUGCGCCUUACAGCAUCUCAAGCCAAAGAAGGCCACCAUGAUUUCAUCAGCUGGAGGCAAAGCAUAGAACGGAUGGCCAGCUAUCCUACAGCAUACAUGAAGCUGUCGGGUUGGUUUUCCGAACUCCCACCUCAAGACAAAGAUCAUCCGGAAGAGAUAUCACUGCUAGUAGAGCAGACGAAGCCUUGGGCGGACGUGGUUUUUAAAGCCUUCACCCCUUCAAGGAUCCUAUUCGGUUCCGACUGGCCUGUUUGCGGUGUUGGUGGACCUGGCGAGGAAUCGUGGCAGCACUGGCACGAUCUAGUGGAAGCGAUCCUUACGUCUCAAAAUCUGAGCACAGAAGCGAAAAGAGACGUGUGGUCUGGUACUGCCACACGAGCAUACAACAUCACUAUCUCGACUAAGUCACGAUUGUGA